AUGCCUGCGUCACACCUCUCAGAAGGCAUUCGCAUCCAGCAGAAUGGCGAGUCAGAAAACACCCUCCGUCGCGAAGUGUCGCGCAGUCUCUCCAUGUCCACCUCCCCCAAUGAUACCUUCCAUACCCGCAAAGUUUCCUUCGGCGUCGACAACAUCAGCGGAACCUCUCCUGGGCUCAGGCGAACCGUAACGGGCCCUCAGCCUAAGCAAUUAAAGCCCUUCCGCGAACAGGACGUCAAGAUUCUGCUGUUGGAGAAUGUCAACCAGACAGGCCGGGAUAUACUCAAGGGUCAGGGGUAUCAGGUUGAGGCCCUGAAGUCGAGUUUGCCAGAGGAUCAGUUGAUCGAGAAGAUCAAGGAUGUACAUGUCAUCGGCAUCCGCUCCAAGACCAAGCUCACUGCCCGCGUGCUAGCAGCAGCAAAGAACCUCAUUGUGAUCGGCUGCUUCUGCAUCGGCACCAAUCAAGUCGACCUGAAAUAUGCCGCCUCCCACGGUAUCUGCGUCUUUAACUCGCCCUUCAGUAACUCCCGUUCCGUCGCCGAGCUAGUCAUCUGCGAAAUCAUCGCGUUGGCUCGCCAACUGGGCGAUCGCUCCAACGAAUUGCACCGUGGGACAUGGAACAAAGUCUCUGCGAGGUGUUGGGAGAUUCGUGGCAAGACCCUAGGCAUCAUCGGCUACGGACACAUCGGGUCGCAGUUGUCGGUCUUGGCCGAGGCAAUGGGCAUGGACGUGAUAUACUACGAUGUGGUGAACCUGAUGGGCUUGGGCACCGCACGUCAAGUGCCGACCCUCGAUCAUCUACUCAAGGAUGCCGACUUUGUAACCUGCCACGUCCCAGAGCUGCCGGAGACGAUGAACAUGAUCGGCGCGAAGGAGCUAGAGACCAUGAAGAAGGGAAGCUACCUUAUCAACGCCUCAAGGGGCUCAGUCGUGGACAUCCCCGCGCUGAUUGAUGCGAUGCGGUCGGGCCAUAUCGCUGGUGCCGCCUUGGACGUGUAUCCCGCGGAACCCGGCGGGAACGGCGACUAUUUCAACAACGAGCUGAAUCCGUGGGCGGAAGACCUGCAGUCCCUGAAGAACAUCAUCCUGACGCCCCACAUUGGCGGGUCGACAGAGGAGGCCCAGUCCGCCAUCGGCAUCGAAGUCGCCGAGGCGCUCGUCCGCUACGUCAACGAGGGCGUAACCGUGGGCGCCGUCAACAUGCCCGAGGUUGCCCUGCGCUCGCUCACAAUGGACGAACCGGAUCACGCCCGUGUUAUCUUCAUCCAUCAGAACGUCCCCGGUGUCCUGAGGAGAGUCAACCACCUUCUGGGCGACCACAACGUCGACAAGCAGAUGACCGAUAGUAGAGGCGAGGUGGCGUAUCUGAUGGCCGACAUCAGCAACGUCAAAGAGGACCAAGUGGCCGAGCUGUAUGCCGAGCUGGAAGGCGUCAAGGAAAAGAUCCUCACGAGAAUUCUCUACUAA